AUGCGCCUACUUCUGCUCGGCGUGCUUGCGGGGCUCGCGGCCGCCGAGAGCGGCCGCAUUCUCAUCGAGGGCCACGCCCUCGGCUCGGACUCGGUCGUGCACUCCAGCAUCGACGGGCGCUCGACGGAAGCGGCGCGCUUGGCGCCGCCUGGCUUUGAGACGGCUGGGGGCACCUCCCAGCCAGCGUGCGGCGCGAGCCGCAACAUGCUGGGCGUCCCGACCGACGUCCAGCGCAAGAUCGACAACCGCGGCAGCCUCGGCGGGCCGCGCAAGACCUGUUCCGCCUUUGACGGCUGCCGCGGCGGUGGCGACUAUGCGGAGAAGAUGGUGAGUGUCGAACUCGCCGGCGCCGGCGCGGCCGGAUCGAGCGCACAUCACGCGCCGAACGCCUCUGCGUCGCUCGGCGAGGACGCGUGCGCGGAGGCGGCCAAGAGGGAGAACUGCGUCAUGAACGUGUGCGCGUGCGCGACCAGCGAGUCUUGGGACGCCUCAGGCACCUGCGGUGCCGACGGCGGCGAGACAUUGGGGCAGUCACGGCCGACAUUCGAGAUCGCGCAGGGCGAGAAGCUGCUCCAGACCGGCGCGCGCGGCUUCGUGCGCGCCAUCGUCGACAAGAUCAGCACCUUAGUGACGGUGACGCAGCAGGGCCGGCUGCGCUCUGAGCGCAUGGCUUGCGCGGACCUGUCGCAGAUGAACGCGGCGGAGGGUGCCGUCCUGACGGCGGCCGUGCUGCCCUUCGCCCACGAGCGUGGCGCGGCGGCGGCCAUGACCGCCAGCGGCCCCAUCGCGGGCGACACGGAUCACGGCCGGGACCUCAGCCAGUGGCUCAGCCGCGGCCGCGCCGGCGGCGGUUGCGGCGGCUGCUAUGGCGCCUCCGGCGGCGGCAGCGGCGGCUCUGGCGGCGGCGGCGCAAGCAGCCGGCAGGCGACGGAGGCGGCGCUCUCGACAGCGCGCCGCACCCAGCGCUCGCUCCAGAGCGCCGGCACGCACGGCGCGAUCAUCGGACGGAAGGGGCGGAAGGUGCAGGCCUUUGCGCACCCCUCGAGCGCGUCCGAGCUCAUUGGCGCUGAGACCGCCCCUUCAACGGCCGCUGUCGAGGCGAACCUCGCCGUCGGCGGGGCUGAUGACAACAACGGCGAAGAGCACGGCCUCGCCGCACAGCUCCACGCGAGCAAGGGGCGCGUCGGCACCGGCGGUGGGAGCGGCUCCUCCCCACCCGGCCUCCUACUGGGCAGUACCUCCAGUCCCGGCGCUGACAGCGACGUGGUCGCCGACCCUUUGUCGGGCGUGACCGCGACUGUCCGCGCGAGCGCCACUGCGCACCCCACUGGCUCGCGGGCGGCGACGCUCCGCGCGGCGUCCGCCGUGCAGGGCAGCAACACGAGUCGGCUCGCGUCUCCCAAGGCGCUUCCCUCUGGGCUGGUCUCAAGUUGCCAGAUGCGGCUCUCUGAGCCCACCCUCCCGUGCCGCGCCGACGUCGGCGAGGCGCUGGGCACGUCGUGGGCCACCGGGCAGCAGCUGCUUCGGCCUACGCAAGGCGAGAAGCUGCUCCAGGCCGGCGCGCGCGGCUUCGUGCGCGCCAUCGUCGACAAGAUCAGCACCUUAGUGACGGUGACGCAGCAGGGCCGGCUACGCUCUGAGCGCAUGGCUUGCGCGGACCUGUCGCAGGAGAAGGCGGCGGAGGGCGCCGUCCUGACGGCGGCCGUGCUGCCCUUCGCCCACGAGCGUGGCGCGGCGGCGGCCAUGACCGCCAGCGGCCCCAUCGCGGGCGACACGGAUCACGGCCGGGACCUCAGCCAGUGGCUCAGCCGCGGCCGCGCCGGCGGCGGUUGCGGCGGCGGCUAUGGCGGCUCCGGCGGCGGCAGCGGCGGCUCUGGCGGCGGCGGCGCAAGCAGCCGGCAGGCGACGGAGGCGGCGCUCUCGACAGCGCGCCGCACCCAGCGCUCGCUCCAGAGCGCCGGCACGCACGGCGCGAUCAUCGGACGGAAGGGGCGGAAGGUGCAGGCCUUUGCGCACCCCUCGAGCGCGUCCGAGCUCAUUGGCGCUGAGACCGCCCCUUCAACGGCCGCUGUCGAGGCGAACCUCGCCGUCGGCGGGGCUGGUGACAACCAAGGCGAAGAGCACGGCCUCGCCGCACAGCUCCACGCGGGCAAGGGGCGCGUCGGCACCGGCGGUGGGAGCGGCUCCUCCCCACCCGGCCUCCUACUGGGCAGUACCUCUAGUCCCGGCGCUGACAGCGACGUGGUCGACCCUUCGUCGGGCGUGACCGCGACUGUCCGCGCGAGCGCCACGGCGCACCCCACUGGCUCGCGGGCGGCGACGCUCCGCGCGGCGUCCGCCGUGCAGGGCAGCAACGCGAGUCGGCUCGCGUCUCCCAAGGCGCUUCCCUCUGGGCUGGUCUCAAGUUGCCGGAUGCGGCUCUCAGAGCCCACCCUCCCGUGCCGCGCCGACGUUGGCGAGGCGCGUGGCACGUCGUGGGCCACCGGGCAGCAGCUGCUUCGGCCUACGCAGGGCGAGAAGCUGCUCCAGGCCGGCGCGCGCGGCUUCGUGCGCGCCAUCGUCGACAAGAUCAGCACCUUAGUGACGGUGACGCAGCAGGGCCGGCUGCGCUCUGAGCGCAUGGCUUGCGCGGACCUGUCGCAGAUGAACGCGGCGGAGGGCGCCGUCCUGACGGCGGCCGUGCUGCCCUUCGCCCACGAGUGUGGCGCGGCGGCGGCCAUGACCGCCAGCGGCCCCAUCGCGGGCGACACGGAUCACGGCCGGUUCGACCUCAGCCAGUGGCUCAGCGGUGGCCGUGCCGGCGGUUGCGGCGGUGGCUAUGGCGCCUCCGGCGGCGGCAGCGGCGGCUCUGGCGGCGGCGGCGCAAGCAGCCGGCAGGCGACGGAGGCGGCGCUCUCGACAGCGCGCCGCACCCAGCGGUUGCUCCAGAGCGCCGGCACGCACGGCGCGAUCAUCGGACGGAAGGGGCGGACGGCGACACUCGCCGUCGGCGGGGCUGAAGACAAGGGCAAAGAGCACGGCCUCGCUGCACAGAUCCCCGCGAGCAAGGGGCGAGUCGGCACCGGUGGUAGUGGGUCCUCCCCACGCGGCCUCGGGAUGGCCAGUACCUCCAGUCCCGGCGCUGACGUCGACGUGGUCAUCGACCCCGUCAUUGACCCAGAGAAUGCCCCUUCAACGACCGUACUCGAGGCGAAGCUCGCCAUCGGCAUGCUUGGGCUCUACUGCGCUCGCCCGGAUCCCGACAGCAUCUCGAUGGCGGAGUCUUUUCGGACCCUGCGAGGCGUACACGCGCAGAAGCCCUUCUCCGUCUACACGGGCUUCUACUCCUUCUUCGACGAGAUCCCUUUCGCGCACCUCAUGACGCCCUCGCGCAACUGCACCGACUACAUCAAGAUGCUUCAGACCGACCCGUCUGGCGCCUUGCCGGACGCCACCCACCAUCUGACCUUCUCUUACCCGAUCAACCUCUCCAAGUUCAGCGGCGCCGACUCACGCGCCACCGGCCCGACCACCUUCAAGCCCAUCGGCGCCGCGGCCGACGCCGAGCUCGCCUCCUUUGGCGAGUCCACCGGCGCGGCCAUCGUUGGCGACGGCUCGCUCGCCGACUCCAUCGUCAACUCCGUCGGUCUCACGUGCGGCGGCGGCGCAGCCCCUGUGUGGUGCGCGGAGCCGCCGCAGCCGCUCACCGAUGUCUCUGAGGAUCCGAUCGAGGCCUCGGGCUCCACGAGCAACGAGACGAGCCUCAAGACCGCCGCGGCCCACUCCAAGAUCGAGACCGGGAUCGGUAAGACCUACCCGACUACCUCCAAGCUCAACAUCGGCGCCUACGUCGAGCUCGCCCCCUUUCAAGAGACCUCCGGCGCGACCAAGAUCGGCGACCCCUCGCCCGAGGCAAGCUUCACGACCGCCACAGCCCUCUCAGAGAUCGAGGCGGCGUCCCUGCUCUUUCUCCACCCUUGUGCGGCCGUGCUGGCGCUGCUCCUCGCGGCGUGCCUUGAGCCGCUGCUGCGAGGGCAGGUCAAGAAGAAGAGGGUGGAGGGCCGCAGCCACGCAGCGAUCUCCAGCACGCGUGCUCUCCGAGUCGGCAUUGUGAUCCUCUUCGUCCUGCAGGGCGCGCGCGGCACACUAGCGCCACCGCCGCCUUGCUACAGCGCAAGGUGGAACGGGCUGUGCAUCGACGGCACCUCCAAUGGACACGCGAGUUGCCAAUGCUCAGAGUCGAAUCAAGGCUCCGUGGCCCUCUGUGAAGCUGCCUGCUCCAACAUGGCGGGCUGCACGGGCUACGCAUACCACACGAUCGGAGCAAGUUGUAAGGUACAAGACGCCUCCGCCUUUGCCACCCACCUCUCCAAAGCCGCCGCAGCCGCCCUCUCCGCUCUCUCCGCCCUCUCCGCCGCCGCUGCCGCCGCUACACCCCGGCGUUGUAGCCGCGGCGACCGAGAGUAA